AUGCCUCCUAAAUCGAGAAAGGCGUUAAAAAUCGAAGAAUUCGAGCCAGACGAAGACAUAUUAGAAACCACAUGCAAAUGGCAAUUGUGGAGACGAAGACUCGAGAUUCAAAUGAAAUAUUUCUACAUUGUAAAGCCAGACGAUAUGAAAGCAGCGUUGUUAGUUCAUGGUGGCGACAAAAUCCUUUCGAUAGAUGAGAACGGAGCUGAACCAGAAGGCGACUUGGACGAAUACAAGAAGCUUAUAGCGAAAAUUGAGCAUGUAUACGUGGCGAAAAACACGAGAUUGCACGCGAGGUUUAGAUUUAACAAAGCCGUUCGACGAUCGAAUCAAUCUAUUGCUCAAUACGAACUCGAACUUCGACGACUCGCUAAAGAGUGUGACUUUCACGGAUACGACGAAGAAAUGAUUUUAGACCGUUUGAUAUUAACGUGCAAAGACGAAAGCCUUCAAGCGAAAGCGUUGGAAAACAACUGGACACUCGAAGACUUCUUAAAGUAUGCGACUACAAAGCAAGACGUCGAAGCACAAAGAAACGAAAUGAAAAUGGAAAUUAAGAAAGAUUUCGAAAUACGAAGAGUAGCUAAUAAAAGAUUCUCGAGAGGAAAAUCGCAAAAGCUGUACUCGUUUAGAAAUCGCGAAAACCCGAGAAAACCCGUCAGCGACGUGAAAGAUAACAAAACCUGCAGACAAAUCACAUUCUACAUGCCCAGCUGCCGAAAAAGAAUGUUUCAAUUGUCGAAAGAUUGGUAAUUUCCGUGCACAGUGUUUCUCAAGAAAACCCGACAGCAGAUCGAAGCAAGUAAAAGCUGCUGGCUUGCAUGGUGGUUCUGUGAUGAAUGAUUUCCAACAAGAUUCUCUGUCGACUCUUCUGAUUCCGAUCCUGAGUUUUACAAAUGUGUGAGCGAGAAAUUGGGCAUACGGGCAGUAAAAGGACAAAAUACUAGCAACAUUUUGUUACCUGUUUACAUCUGUGGAACCAAGAUUAUCGUUGAUCCAGAUACCGGCGCUGAUGUCGACCUAAUCUCAGUUAAAGAUUUCAAGAAAAUUCAUGAAGCAAAUCCUGAGAUCAAGAAACAAAUAAAGAAACCAAAACAGAAGAUCUACGCCCUGAAUGGCGAAGAGCUGGAAGUUAUAGCUACAAUUAAAGAUGCAAAGUUGUCAAACAAGAACGCAGAAACACUCACUGAUCUCUACGUUAUUGAGGACGGUAUUCAUAAAUUCCCAUUAUUAUCAGAAAGAACACUGAUGAAUCUUGGUAUGAUUAAAUACAGCGCUGAGGGAGAGUUUGUGAAGAAAGUUGACGCGAGAAAGUGCGAUGACAAAGAAGGAAAGUGUACACCUGAUGAUAUAGUACCACAGGAAGAGCUCAGAAAGAUCCUGCAGAAACAUAAGAAGAUGUUCCAAGGUAUAGGGACAUUAAAGAAUCCUGAAACAGGAGAGCCAAUCCUCACUCAUAUCGAGAUGAAUGCCGAUGCAAAACCAGUCAUACAACCUCCAAGACCUGUCCCACACCAUCUCGAAGAAAGAACCAAGAAGAAAUUGGAUUACUUUGUUCAAGAAGGGAUAAUGACUUGGACUAAACCAGGAGAACCGAUUUCAUAUGCCAGUCCACUUGUCAUCACACCAAAAGGAGACGAUGAUGUUCGCAUCACUGCAGACUUCCGAGUGGCAAACAAAGGAGCAUCGAGAACCCGCAUCGUACCUGGUCUACGAGUAGACGAAUUGUCGGCAACGUUUGGAGACUGCAAAGUGUUUUCACAUCUUGAUAUGAACAAUGGCUAUCACCAAAUGAAAGUUGACGAGGAUUCCAAGAAAUACCUAGUAGUGACCACGCCCUGGGGAAAUUUGAAGCACGAAACGCCUGCACAGGGAUGGAUAACCAGCCAAGAUGAAUUCGACAGACGAAUAAAUGAGAUUCUAGCGGGAAUUCCUCACGUAAAGAGUAAUCGAGACGACUGUCUAAUUGGUGGGAAAGAUCGAAACGAGCAAAACAGAACACUUGACCUAGUCCUAACACGUCUGCAAGACCAUGGAUUAACAUUAAGAUUGGAGAAAUGUGAAUUUGGAAAGGAGGAAGUCGAGUUCUAUGGUGUCAGAUUUACGGGAGAAGGAAUCAAACCAUCGAAGGCGAAAGUGAAAGCGUUGCAAGAAUGUGAAGAGCCCAGUUCAAAAGAAGGAGUAAGAAGCUUUCUGCAGAUGGUGGGAUAUAUGUCUCGAUUUAUCUGGUGAUAAAUCGAGACAUAUAUCCCACCAUCUGCAGAAAGCUUCUUACUCCUUCUUUUGAACUGGGCUCUCCACAUUGAUUGCCGCACCGCUGCGACAGCUAACGAAGUCAACCUCAACCUUCCAUUGGGGACCUAUAGAACAGGAAGCUUUCGAUAGCUUGAAGAACAGUUUGACGGAGCAAACAACCCUUUCCUACUUUGUUCCCGAAAGACCGAUAAGAAUAUACGUAGAUGCUGGAAAGAAAACAGAGAAAUCGAGCAACGUUCGUGGAGGACUAUGCGCUAUUUUAUGCCAGAAAGGUGACGACGGACAGUGGAAAAUGUGUCACAUAGCCAACCGUGCCCUGACUGACGUUGAGACAAGAUACGGACAGACUGAGUUAGAAGCAGCUGCGAUCAAGUUUGCUUGUGCUGACGCCCUUUAUAAAUACUUGGUUGGAGCGCCAAAGUACAUCUCUUCAACAAUCCAACCUCAAGAGCACCACUGCGUAUCGAGCGACAAAUUCUCGCCAUUCAAGGUUUAGACUAUGUGGUCAAGUAUCAGAAAGGAGCUGAGAACAUUGCGGAUUAUGGAUCAAGACACCUGACGAGGAGAUAUGAUGAUGUUCCCAUGGUGAAGUCCGUGAACGAGUUAGAAGAAGGAUUACGAACUUUUGUCUCUGAAGACAACGAGUACCUUUCCAGAAUGGCAAAAGACGACAAUGAUUACCAAUUCCUAAAAGAAGUAAUUCAAAGAAACCUCUGGAAGAAACAUGGAAAAGAUCCAAGAGUUUCAAGAUUCCUCGGAGUUGCGUCCGACUUAUCUGUUGUUGGAGAAAUCAUCCUGUGUAAGGACAAAGUAAUUCCGCCUUUGAGCAGUCGAAGAAGAUUUGUCGAGAAAGCACACAAGAUUGGGCACUCGGGAGAGACCCGCACGCUGAAACUUCUUCAAGAAAAGAUUUGGUUUCCUGGAAUUGCUAAACUAUGUAAAGAAGCUGUACAGAAUUGCCAAAGCUGUCAAGUCACUCAUGAUCGAACCUAUGACGAGCCUCUUCAAUCAACAUCAUUGCCACCAGGUCCUUGGCAUACAAUCUCUGUGGAUUUCAAGGGACCGUUCAAAGAUGGAACUUACGCCCUGGUCGGAUAUGAUCUUUACAGCCGUUAUCCUGUU